UUUAUUUUGGUUAUAUCAAAAUUACUAAAUUAAACCAAAAUCACAAAAUUAUACAAGGAUUUUGAAAAAUGGCAAGUUGGCAACCCUAAACCUAACCCUGUCUUUCCGAGUGUGGGUUUAUUUAUAUACAUAACGUUUCUGCUACUUUCAAAUCCUUUUCAAGCCCGUCGUCAAUGUAGAUGCCUAUUUUAUUACCUGAACAAUUCACAGUCAUCAAAUGGUCUGAUCCGUCAGGCUCCCAUGACGUACAAAUGGAUGUGCUGUGGUCAUUGCAGAAGGAGUCCAGCUCCCAGACAGCCAUUCCACUGGGUAGAAAAUGCCAUGCUGUUGAAAUAAGACUUCCACAGUCCAGCUGGAUGCAGAGCUGAGCCAAGUGUUCUGUUCUCCAUUGCCGCCAUUUAUCUGCCAUUGGCCUCCACUCUCCAGCAUCCUUUCCCUCCACGAUACCAGCACAUCUGUUGUCUCCUCCCACCAGUUGGAAAGCCUGCUCAACUGAACCCAAACAGUCAGUGACAUGACAAUUUGGCAAUUCACACACAUAAAAACACCUUUUAUGCACACGGUGGCUGAUCAGAAGCCUGAAAAAGUAAAUUAACGCGUAUUAAAGCAAAUAUUACAUAUUUUCUGGAUAAAAGCAAAUUAGCACAAAAAUGGUGAAAUAUGGUAACACAAAUAAGCCAUUCAAAGACGUUGUUAUGAUAUGUCGUAAUCUACGCUCAUCACGAGGUGAGGUAAUGUUGCUGUAAUGUUUUGUAAGACACACAAGCACCAGACUUGUGUGCACCAACAGGCUUUUGUUGCAGGUUUGAAUUAUGGCACAACAGGCACACUAAUUCCUAAUAUGGGCUACGGGCCAUAACCCACGCUGAGCUAAAACUCAACUUUCAACCCCCGACGUCACUUCCAAACCGCCCCAAACCUGCCCUCCCACCAGAACACUUACAUAUGUCUUAAAUGGCAUAUUAUGUCUACUAUCCUUGCUGAAAAAAACAACAUAUGCCAGCAUGGAAAUUAUGCUGGUCUAUGCUGGUCUGGAGACCAGCAUACCAGCACAAAAACACAACAUAUACACAACAUAUACUGGUCUUGGUGGUCAUGCUGGUAGCUGGUUGAUGCUGGUUUUAUCAGCAGGGACACUGGGAAAUCCAACUAUAAAAAUGAGUAUAGUAGUGUUAUUUAAUGUCUAGAGGGUUCAGAAACAUAUUUAGAAGGUUGGAAACACGUUUUUUGGUGUAGUCGCUAAAAAAAUAUUCAAUUAGUCAAUAAGGAAUCAUACUUUGCGGAAAUUCAGUUUGGAACCAAUUCACCAAUUAUCAUUUUUGUUAUUUGUCCAGUAGGACUUGAAAAGAGAGCUAUUCAAAAAUAGAUAUAUUUUACCAGGUGCCACAAAAUUAACAUUUUGCCUUCUCGGUACAAUGCGCUAUAAUGCUAGGUGUUAGCCUGUUAGCAUUGCUAGCAUGCUAAUGUUAGCAUACUGGCAUUUUGUGCUGUUUUCACGGGUAGACACAAAAAUAAACACUUACAAUUAUCAUGUUAGGACGAAGGAGUGACAUUGCUAACGAACACUAUCUACAGCAGUGGAUUCUGGGACUUGUAUCAGUCGCUUGCCAGUUGAGUCUAAGCCUUUAUGGCAGGGGUGUUCUCAGUGUGGCCUGGGAGCCAUUUUUGGGCAUUAGCAUAAGAAUUAUUAGUGAGCUGUAUUAAUGGAUAUUCCACUUUUUAAGAUGUCAGUGUUUGAUUACACCUGUGGUUCUCAAUUAUUUUUUGGUUCUGUCCCCCUCCACACACUCACACACACACACAUCCCGUACCCCAUAACCCCAUAAAAACUGUAUUAAAUUGCAUCUCUGAAUGAAAUGUACUGUAAAUGAAAUAGAUGAGCACCUUCGCAUCUAACUGCAGAAGCUGGUUUACAGUCCUCAUGCGUUGAGUUGGCACAGUCCUGGAGGCGAGUCUCAUUGCCUUUGCAGUGGAACUUCCUGAGAGAAAGCAGCCGUUUUUCCUCUUGUUUUCCAAACGCGCCAUAAAAAGGUGACGGGGGCCCACAGCCCAGCUCCCUGCAGACCAGGGUUUUAGCUGCAAGGUCAAAACCUUCCUCACACACCGCAGCCCAGCCUUGAUCUGUCUUAACCUCCACCUCGCCGGAACAAAGGUGGCCAUUGCCCACAAGCCUCAACGAGUCUGUAACAAAGCAGGAAGACAAGGUUUUGAGCAUAAAGCUAGUUUCAUGGAGAUGUUUUUAAUGAAUAGGUUAUAGUUUGUGGCAUUUCAGAGGAUACAAAGCUGCUUAGAAUGACAUUCCAUGCAGCCAUUCACCUGAGCAGACGACUUCCAUGAUGUCCGAAGUUGAAUUUCUUCCCUGCACUCUCCUGCGUGCUCCCAUGUGGUCGUCACACUCCAUCAGGGUGGAUUCCAAGCCACGGCACAAGAACUGGACCUCCCAUGCUGGUCGAUGGUCAUUGUUGCUUUUGUGUUGAAUGGAGACGAGAGAGCCACAGUCCAUUUGCCUGCAGACCACCUGUGCCACAUUGGCCAAUCUGCUUCUCUGGGGCACAGUCAGGAAUCGCCAUGUUUUCUGAUGUUUUAAUUCAAGCUGACCUGUGCAGUGGCUUUCUCCGUCCACCAAACGGGUAUCAUAAACUGAGAUAGGGAGAUACUACGGUUAGGUUGAAACUAGGGUUGUCAAACAAUUCAAAUAUAUUCAUUGCGAUUAAUUAAAUAUUGUUCAUAGUUAACUCAUAAGUAAUCACAGAUAAGUAGACGAUUUUGAGACGUACCUUACAAAGGUCCCAAGAACGGUCAGUUGUUUACAGAACUAGCACUGCACUCAACACUGUAGUUCAGUCACGCUAUAGCUUAUACUUCACUUCCAAACACUCUUUUACAGAGACAUAGACAAACAGAAAAACACCCUUUUUACACACACUUUAUCACCCCUUUGUUGGUCUGGUCUCUGGUGUCUUCAGUAACAUGGAAGUAUGACAACUUGGGUUUUAAUUGCAAGUCAUCUUUGAGAAACACAAGCACAAAUGUUAAUCACUAAUAAAUAAUAAUGAUGUUAAUAAAUUGAAUCUCAUUCAGCGCUAUGUGUGUGCUUGCUCGCUUACGUCUUUGCCACAUUGACAAAAGCCCCCAAAUAGUUGUCCUCUGCUAUGCCUGCCGGUAACUAGCAACUUGUAACCCGUAUUAGCAAAAAAGAAAGCAAGAAAAAGACUAUACAGAUUAUUCCAAAUCUCCUGGGGAAAAAAAAUCAGUGAAAUGGGGACCCCUACUGCUGGUGUAUCACAACACUGGAAAGCGUAGGAGUGUAGUACCAGCACAGCUGCCGAUGAGACGGCAGCUUAAAGUCAUGAAACAGAAUACUGAUGGGAAAUGUGGAAAAGGACUUUGUCUUUAAUUUUCUUUACUCACAGUUAGUCUGGCUUGGGUCCUGAUGUGGUGUUUUGAGACUGGAGAUUUCUGUCACCAGCAGAUCCAAAGUCAAAAAUGUCAGUAAAGACACGGUAACGCUAAAAAGCCACUGAGACAUGUUGGAAUUUGCUGGGAUUUCAUGUAAACACAGUGCUAAGACCCGAAGGUUGACACAUCAUUGACCAAAGGUCAUGUUGACCUUUUUUUUUUGCAAUGUGAACUUUGUCUCUCAGCUGCCCCUUUCCUGUUGUCCUAAUGCCUUUCUGAGUGCGCAACUACAAAUAUAUUGCAAAAUUCUGUCAGUAGACGUAUGAUUCCAAAGACCUGCAUGUAUUCAGUCUUCCUGCACAUGUUAAAACUUGUAUUGUAACGUGGUAUUAUGUAGGGCAACUGUUGGUCCUGUCCUUGACCGUCUACUGCUGACAACUAAACUAAACAUACUUGUUAGUCCAAAAUACAGUACACUUCAAAAAGACGUUUGUGUGUUUUCAAAGUGGCCACAGGAGGGCGAUAGAGGGUGAUAUCAUUUAUGUAUGUCCGUCACAGGCCACCGUACUGAUCCGCCAGUCAGCGGUGACGUUACGUGAAAUCCAACAAAUCAAAUAAUACCUCCUUUUUUACAGCACCCUACGAAAGAGCCCAAGGUGCUUCAGGAGUAUAAAGUAUUAUUUCUCUUGUUAUAGUGUGCAAAAUCAUUGUGAAACACGACGUCCAUCCGCGCUGUAACUUCCUGUUUGCACUUCCUGGUUUCGUCCGGAACAUGGCGCCGACGAUCCCAAUUACGCUGUGUCAAUCUGUUGGCAGCCAAGCUGAAGUAUUCUAGAGGGAAUGCCGUCUACUGUUUGUAAAACUAAGAGGCGUGAUUGUUGAAACUCUUUAUAGAAAAUGCUUGAGAAUAUAUUACAUGUAUAUUGCUUAAUUUUUUUAAGUUUUCAACGCUGUUGCAGGCAUGUGUUUGGCCAGUUAUGUGGGGCGGGUUGAGCGUGAACCAGGAAGUGCGGGGAUCUCGUGUGUGUGCGCGCGCGCGGGGGCGCGCUGUUCUGUCGUUGCUGGCUCGUCGAAAAAGAAAGUUGACCGGUGUUGUGCCGAGUUUUGCAUGCCUGCCGGUCAUCGCGGCGAAGGGCCAGCCUGUCGCGUGUGGUUCCGUUCUUCAGGGAGACGUCUCCGGAGGGGGGGCAAGCCCGGGAGGUGCUCAGAGACGUUGUUGGACGACUUCAUGCUGACCCAUCCCAUCUUCCUGACGGCAGACACCUUCCAGCAAGUUCUACUGCAGCAAUUUUCUGUGCAUGUGGGGGAGGGGCCAGGGCCAGGUGGUGAAAAGGAUGACAGAGAAGGAGGGGGCCUGGAUGCCGUGCACAGGAAGCGGGCGGUCCUCAGUGUUGCCUUCCGAUACCUCGACACGUACCGAGAACUCCUGCAAGAGGAGGGCGACAAGUUCCCCAAGGAGUUGUACGGGUGCGUGCUUCAGGAACUGAGUUGUCAUCCCGAGCUGGUGGACGACGUGGUCAAACUGCAACGCUGGACAGAAAUUUUACACUGCCCCUGUGACGAGGAGAAGGAAAGCAGAAGGAAGCAAGUGCGACCGCUCUUCAGACACUUUCGACGAAUCGACGCCUGUCUGCAGCCCAGGGAGGCGUUCAGAGGCUCUGAUGAGAUCUUCUGCAGGGUCUACACUCCCGAUCAUUCCUACGUCACCAUCCGCAGUCGCCUGUCCUGCCGUGUGGGAGACAUCCUGGCUCUGGUUCGAGAAAAGCUGCAGUACAGCGAUGAGCAGCCGCUUCUUCCCGGAAACCUCAUCCUGGUGGCGGUCACGUCGGCUGGAGAAAAGGCAGUGUUUCGGCCCAGUGACAAGGCCGUCUUCACCACUUUGGGGGUCAACACUCACCUGUUCACCUGUGAACCCUCUGAACUGGAGUCGCUGCUUCCUCUUCCCGAGGAGAUCCACUGGACACCCGGAGACAGCAAACUUCAUGACAUGUCAGCAGAGGAAGUGGCCAACCAGCUGGUGGCGUUUGACUGGGAGCUCUUCAGCUGCGUGCACGAGGUGGAGUUUGUGUGUUACGUGUUUCAUGGAGAGCAGUCCCGCUGGCGCCCCCUCAACCUGGAGCUGGUACUGCAGCGCUGCAGUGAGGUCCAGCACUGGGUUGCCACCGAGAUCCUGCAGUGUCACUCCCUGCCAAAACGAGUCCAACUGCUCCGCAAGUUCAUCAAGAUCGCAGCGCUCUGUAAACAGCAGCAGGACCUUCUGUCCUUCCUCGCUGUGCUGCUCGGCCUCGACAACCCCGCCCUCAGCAGACUGCGGCUUACCUGGGAGGGUCUUCCAGGGAAGUUCCGGAAACAGUUUCAGCAGUUUGAAAGCAUUGCUGAUCCUUCCAGAAACCACAAGUCCUACAGAGACCUGAUCACCAGUCUGAGACCUCCACUCAUCCCCUUCACUCCUCUGCUGCUUAAAGAUUUGACUUUUCUUCAUGAGAGUUGUAAGACUUUUCACGGCCAGCUGGUCAAUUUUGACAAGAUGCACAAAGUUGCCGACAUGGUGCGAAGCAUACGAAGAUACCGUAGUGGACAGCUGGCCAUGGAUAUGGAGACGUCGCCAUCCCACCUGCAGACCAAAGCGUACGUGCGACAGCUGCAGGUGAUCGACAACCAGAACCAUCUCUUCGACCUGUCCUGCAAACUGGAGCCCAGAGACACGUAGAGAUGCCAGGACGCGUCCCACCUCCUCUUCCUCCCUCUCAGCGAACACGUUAAAAGCUUCUUAACAGGCAGCCAAUCAGGCGAAGCUCGGCAGCCAUCUUGUCUCCUUCCUGACCACAGACGACAUGUAGUCGCAGUUUGACCUCCACCCAGCUGAUGAGGUGAGCCUAGUGAUGGAUGAUUUAUCUCUUCAAAGGUCAACCUCUGACCUCAGGGGCGUGUCUUUCUUCUUAAUGAAUGAGGAGGACAGCAGAGAAGUAAACAAAUGUUUAGUCAUUUCUGUCUGGGAAGGUGUACUGUGACACUCUAUGGGUGGCGCUUGUGCAAUAACAGGAGGCGAUGCACGUCUGGUGUCAACCAAGCAUGUCGACGACGCUCAGGGCUCCCAGGUUUUGUGUACUUUUUGUGAUGAUGAUUAAGACUUAUUUUUCUUCUUUCCCUUGUUGUCUUUGGAUCAUUUCGAUCAACAAAGACAGAGGGAUAUUUUUUUAAACGUUGUCUCAUUGCAACGCUAAAUGACAUCACACGUCUGCUAGUUGACACCUGGCGGGGCUCUGCUGCGGCCAGUCCUGGAUUCAAGUCAUUCAUUUCCAAAUAUCAAACAGGCGUCUCAAAAGAUGACAAAAUUCCAAUUACAAAAUACACAUGACACAGGGUAUGAAUGUUGGGCCGCGCGGCGGAUGAGUGUUUAGCAUGUAGGCCACACAGCGAGAAGAUCCGGCUUUGAUUUUCUGCUCGGGCAUCUUUUUGUGGAGUUAGCAUGUUCUCCCUGUGCAUGGCUUUUCUCCGGGUAAUCCGCUUUCCUCCCCAGUUCCAAAAACAUGCUAGCUGUUAGCUUGAUCGGCCACUCCAAAUUGUCCAUAGGUAUGAAUGUGGGUGGGAACGGUUGUUUGUCGAUACGUGCCCUGUGAUCGGCCGGCCACCGGUACAGGGUGUACCCCGCCUCUCGCCCCCAAAGACAGCCGGGAUAGACUCCAGCAUACCCCCACCACUAUAGUGAGGAUAAGCGGUGUAAAAAACGGAUGGCCGGACAGUAUGAACUGUUUAAUCUUCCGAGUCCAUGAAUGAAAGAAAUGAAUCAGUAGAUGAAUUUACCCGCUGACUAAAAUAUCUGUCGGCGAGCCAGGGCUGAUAGUGAGUAACAGCGCCUCCCGUAUGCUCAAAGUGUUAACCAAUUAGCGUUGUCAUAUCGAAACAAGAUCGGCCUCCUUGUGUUUUCAGAUCGAUUUAGAAGAAGUAUUUUGACCUGUUAGCAUCACAGGUAGUCUCAGGAAACUCGCUGGGUGUUGAAGCCUCCUGCCGGACAACAUACAAACAUUCAAAGUAGACGUGAACGGCUGGUCUUUGCUGUAAAACUCAGGCGUGUCCGUUUGUAAAGGUCGCGUAUGGAGUGGCUGACCUUGAAACAUGUACAUAGUGUGAGUGUGUAAAUACUUCCAAACGAAAGGAGAAUCUAUUUUAAAGAUGUUUGUUUCACGUAGAGAUGAGAUUUUAUUCACGUGUGUUGUUUACAUUGUGCCAAACCGUGAGCCAUGACAAGUAAAGAUCCACGUUAGCAUGACGAUGGUAUUUGUCAAGGGUCGAGGAGCGAGCUACACGAGCUGGCAGUGCUGUAGCAUUUGCGCUUUCAGUUGUGAACUUGUAACUUUGUUCUCUGAAAUGUAACCAAGAAUUUGUAUGCUUUAAAAGUAUGGAGACAACCACCAAUAUUUUUCCAACCUUUUUCUUUGUAAUGAUUUGGCACUUUAAGAUGGCAUUCCUAUUUUGAAACGAUGCAUCACAAUGUUGUUUCCUGCAGUUGCUGAAAUAAACCUGAUGAAGGCGACAUUGUGCUCUUCCAUUGUGUCAUCACGCCCGGCAUCACACGAUGUGUGUGAUGGACGGAAAUCACCCCCUGGAGUGAGGCGUGUAGGGCCGAGUGCCCACGCCUCCUCCAAGGGGCACCAGGGAAUGCACUCGCCCCAUCCAGUAGGGAAUGUCACUCCCGAGGGACAAAUCUCCUGUGUUGGAUCAUGUGAGUACGGGCGCGGCGCGUCCCGUAUGGCACCGAUGUCCAACCCCCUUCAGUCGGGUCCAUAUCGGUACACAGAAUUAUAAUUUGUAUAUAUUUUUUCAUAUUUGAGUGUUUUGUAUUUUGUCCCUUUUAAUUUGAGAUGUGUAUAUGUGUGCAUAUGUGUCUUUUUCUUCUUUUCUUUCUGCUUUUCCCUUCAGGGGUCGCCACGGCAAAUCAGCCGCCUCCAUCCAACCCUGUCUUUCGCAUGUGUCUUUCUCACACCCGCUACCCUCAUGUCCUCCUUCACUACAUCCAUAAAGCUCCUCUUUGGCCGGCAGAAUCCUUCUACCGAUAUAUUGACUAUCUCUACUCUCUCUGUCCCAACCAUCUCAGUCUGUCCUCUCUGACUUUAUGUCCAAGGUCUCUAACAUGUAAUGUCUUUCAGAUGAACUUGUUCACGAUCCUAUCCAUCCCAACGAGAACGUCAGCAUCCUCAUAUCUGCACCGGGGGUGGGGGGGUGUAGCGGCAAAGGUGUUUGAUGAGCGCAAUGCAUAAUUGUGUCUUUGGAUGCAGGAGUGCGUGGCCUCUGAUGUUUCCCCCUCCAGAUUUACAAAGACACAAUGCAGCUCCCUCCGACCUUCUCUGUACUUCUCUAUGAACAUUCUCAAAGCAAUACAGCAUCUGUAGUACUCUUUUUUAUUUUUUGGCAUGAAACCCUACUGCUGCUCCCACAUGGUGACCUCUGCCCUUAGCCUAGCUUCAAGUAGUCUAUGCCAUAACUACCAUCUGGUGCCUUCCUACUCUUCAUCUCUUUUUUCUCACUUCCUCUUUACCAAUGUUUGGUACUUCCAGGUCCACAGCAGAUACCUCUUCUACUCUUCCUUCUUUCUUGUUUUCCUCAUUCAUCGACUUUUGAAAUGUUUUUUGUCCAUCCUCCCAACCCAUAACCGGCAUCUGUCAGUACACUUCCAUUCCUAUCCUUGACCACUCUAACCUGCCGCACGCCCUUCCCGUGUCCGUCUCUCUGCCUCGCCAACCUGUAGGGAUCCAUCUCUCCCUCCUUACUGUUCAAGCUGUUCAUAGACCUCUUGUUUUGGCUUUCCUACCUCUACUUUCACCUUAGCAUUCAUCUCUCUGUACUCCCCCUCUACUCUCUUCAGUCUUCUCCAUGUCCCACUUGUUCUUAGGUAACCUUUUUGGCCGUAUACACUCCCGCACCUCCUCAUUCAUGGUCCAGUCAUCCAGGAAGCACCUCCCGACCAUCCAGAGCGUGUCACAAUUUCUGCCUAAAAGUCCUAUAACACUUUUGUUUCAGAUUUGAGCAUUUGGUCAUCUGCUCUGCCUUUGCCCUCUCGGUCUUCCUCACCGUGAGGGUUCUUCUACACACCACCGUCUUAUGCCGUCUGGCUACACUUUGACCUCCCACUACUUUGCAGUCACGAUCUCCUUCAGAUGACAGCGUCUACACAAGAUGUAGUCUACCCGUGGACUCCUACCCCCGCUCUUACAGGUCACGCUAUAUUCUUCUCUCUUCCGGAAGAAAGCAUUCACUACAGCCAUUUCCAUCCUUUUGGCAAAGUCCACCACCAUCUGUCCUUCUGCGUUCCUCUCCCGAAUAGCUAACCUGCCCAUCACCUCUUCAUCAUCUGUAUGUCCUGCACAAACAGGUCCAUUCAAGGUUGCCCCGAUGACAACUCCUUCCCUUCCAGGAAUGCUCUGUAAGACUUCAUCGGCGUCCAGCCAGUUUUUCUCUUUUUCCUCCAACUCCCAUCCCGGUCAUGGGACAUACCCGCUAACAACAUUGAACAGCGCACCUUCAUUUUUCAUCGUCAGACUCAUCACCCUAUCUGACAGUGUUUUUACCUUCCCAAGCAACUCCUCCUACUCCAUUGGUCUUCCAUCUCAACGAUGAUGGAACAAGUUGAACUCCGCCCCUAUAGGCAGUCAGACUAGACAGUUUGUUCCAUCAGAGGUGGCCAGAGGUUACAAACAUUCAUUCAUUUCCGGUUGGUAGAUUGUUGAGUUGAGGGAUUAGCAACCAUUAAAGAUACAAGAAAUCAUUCCGAUUGCCAUGAUGAUGGCUGUCUGUCUUAACCAUAGCGGUCGGAAUUCUUAUAUUUUAGCAUUAGGUCAGUCGAUUUGAAGAAAUGGAGUAUUUUCAAUGGUGUUUUCAUGUCAACAGGUCCUGAUUAACCCGGGAAAUGUUGUUUCACCUGGCAAAGUCCUGAUGUUUGUAUAACUAUGCUUCUGUACUGUCUUUCGCAGUUAAUUUCUUCUCUUCACCUGUGUGCCAACAUAAAUUAUCAGUUGGAUAUUGUA